UGGUUUUAUAAUUACUCUUUAUGUUACAAAACGUUGAGAAGACCUUAUUAGUUACACAACUUUUCGAAGGACAGUUGUAAGGAAAUUAUGCAAAUAUGGCUAGCUUGAGUCGAGUACCUCUGACGCUUUCUUGUUUUUCAAGUAUCAAGAAUGCUCCGGCUCAGCUAGCUAUCGUGCAGAAAAGAUGUAAAAGUUCAUAUGGACCAUUGAAAGACGAGGACAGAAUCUUCACAAAUUUGUACGGCCGACAUGACUGGAAACUCAAAGGAGCCAUGUCAAGGGGAGACUGGUACAAAACCAAGGAGAUCAUCCUGAAGGGACAUGACUGGAUCUUAAAGGAGAUCACAGCCUCAGGACUUAGGGGCCGGGGUGGGGCAGGGUUCCCCACUGGAAUGAAGUGGGGCUUCAUGAACAAGCCCAGUGAUGGAAGGCCUAAGUACUUGGUGGUGAAUGCUGAUGAGGGAGAGCCAGGUACCUGUAAGGACAGAGAAAUCAUGAGACAUGACCCUCACAAGUUGGUAGAAGGAUGUUUAGUAGCUGGUCGUGCCAUGGGGGCAAUUGCAGCAUACAUCUACAUCAGAGGGGAGUUUUACAAUGAGGCCUCCAAUCUGCAGCUGGCAAUCAAUGAGGCCUAUGCUGCAGGACUGAUUGGUAAGAAUGCAUGUGGCUCUGGUUAUGACUUUGACGUCUUUGUACAUCGAGGCGCAGGGGCCUACAUCUGUGGGGAAGAAACCUCCCUAAUUGAGUCGUUGGAGGGUAAAGCUGGCAAGCCCCGCUUAAAGCCCCCAUUCCCAGCUGACGUUGGGGUGUUUGGGUGUCCCACCACUGUUGCAAAUGUAGAGACGGUCGCCGUGGCUCCAGUAAUCUGCAGAAGAGGCGGAGAGUGGUUUGCUGGAUUUGGGCGAGAAAGAAACAGGGGAACCAAACUGUUCAACAUCUCUGGACAAGUCAAUAACCCAGUGACUGUGGAGGAGGAGAUGUCUAUCACAUUAAAGGAGCUGAUAGAGCGGCACGCCGGGGGAGUCAUCGGGGGCUGGGACAACCUCCUGGGGGUCAUCCCAGGGGGUUCCUCUACCCCCAUCAUACCCAAAAGCGUGUGCACGGAUGUGAUGAUGGACUUUGAUGCUUUGGUCCAGGCUCAGACAGCGCUUGGUACGGCCGCGGUCAUUGUCAUGAAUAAAGAUGCUGAUGUCAUCAGGUGUAUCUCUCGACUGAUUGAGUUCUACAAGCACGAGAGCUGUGGUCAGUGCACACCAUGCAGAGAGGGAGUGGGUUGGAUGGCGAAGAUCAUGAAACGUUUUGAAACUGGGAAUUUCCAAGAAGGAGAGAUAGAAAUGUUGUAUGAGAUCAGUAAACAGAUCGAGGGUCACACUAUCUGUGCUCUGGGAGAUGGAGCUGCCUGGCCCGUGCAGGGAUUAAUUCGACACUACAGACCUGAGUUACUGGAGAGAAUUGAACAGUAUAAACAAACACAAAAGAAAACUGCAACUGCAUAAUUAGAGUGUGAGUGAAUGCAGUUCAAAGGUCAAGUGUUUGCAUGUUAACAAAAGCAACUGUUAAAAUGACUCAUCAGAGGCUUGUUACGAUGUUGUUGAUGUGUAAAUAAAUUGUAAAUCUUGAGUAUAUAAAUUAAAAUGAAAUCUUGAU